AUGGUAGAUACAUCAGAUUCAAAUACAAUCGAUAACGAUGAUGCCAGUCUUAACUCUGUCCAAUCUUUUGGAGAUGAAAUAGAAAAAGAGAAUUUAAGAAGCCAAGGUUCAGUUCUUACACCUACAAGAAGUAUUGCCAGAAGUAUCAGAAACUCUCUUCAUUCAGUUCAUUCAGCCCAUUCAGAUGCUGAAGAUAAAGCAGAACUAGAAAGAUUAGUCAGUCAUAAUAAAGGGGUUGAAAGAAUUAUCACUGAAUUACAAGAAGGUACUGGUAAAUUGGGUCCUUUAGAAGAACCUUAUGAUUUAAAAAGAAUAGAAACUCAUGCUGAUCCAAGCAUUGCUCCAAACGAAGAAGAUCCAUGGAAGUAUCCUGUUGAUAGUGAAACUGGUUUAAGAUUAGUCGAGUUUGUUCCCGGAGAUAAGAAGAACCCUAAGAAUUUAUCAAAGGCAGUCAAAUGGGUUUAUACUGGUGUAUUGGGGGCCAUUUGUUUUGUUGUUGCCUUAGGUUCGGCCAUUGUUACAGGAGAUUUGACUGAUCCUGCUGAAUAUUUUGGUGUAAGUGAAGAAGUUAUUAUUUUAUCAUCUGUUACUGUUUUCGUCAUUGGUUUUGGGGUUGGUCCUUUAGUCUUUGCUCCAGUUUCCGAAGAAGUUGGUAGAAAACCUGUUUAUGUUGUUACUUUGUUUGUGGCUGUCAUUUUCAUUAUUCCUUGUGCAUUAGCUAAAAAUAUUGCUACCUUAUUAAUUUGUCGUCUUAUUGAUGGUAUUGCAUUUUCAGCCCCAAUGACUCUUAUUGGUGGUUCAUUGGCAGAUAUAUGGGAAGGUAAAGAUCGUGGUGUUGCCAUGGCUAUUUUCUCAGCAGCACCUUUCUUAGGUCCUGUUUGUGGUCCUGUCUUUGGUGGUCUUUUAGGUGAUUAUACUUCUACAUGGAGAUGGGUUUAUUGGUGUUUCUUGAUCGUUGCAGGUGUUUUCUAUGUUAUUUUCAUCUCCAUAGUUCCAGAAACUCAUGCUGGUACGUUAUUAAAGUCAAGAGCUAAAAUGUUAAGAAAGAAAACUGGUGAUUCUCGUUAUAGAUCAUUAAAUGAAUUGCAAAUCAGAUCAUUUAGUGAAGUUGCAAAAACUUCUCUUUUAAGACCAUUUGUUUUAUUAUCAGAAUUAAUCGUUACUUUAAUAACCUUAUACAUGUCAGUGGUAUAUGGUUUAUUAUAUAUGUUCUUUUUUGCUUAUCCUGUCAUCUUUAUGGAAGGACAUGGAUUUUCAGCAACCAUUACUGGUCUUAUGUUUCUUCCAAUCGGUCUUGGUGUUGUUAUAUCAACUCUUGCUGCCCCCUUAUUCAAUAAUGAUUAUAACAGAAGAGCUCAAGUUUAUAGAGACAGAGGUGAGUUACCUCCAGCAGAAUUAAGAUUAAUUCCAAUGAUGAUUUCAUGUUGGUUCGUUCCAGCUGGUUUAUUUUCAUUUGCUUGGAGUUCUUAUCCAACUGUUUCUUGGGCCGGUCCAUGUUUCUCAGGUAUUGCUGUUGGUUUUGGAUUCUGUUGCUUAUAUAAUCCUGCUAAUAAUUAUAUUGUCGAUUCUUAUCAACAUUAUGCUGCCAGUGCAUUAGCUGCAAAAACAUUUGUUAGAUCAAUCUGGGGAGCAUGUGUACCACUUUUCACUAUCCAAAUGUAUCACAGAUUAGGUUAUCAAUGGGCUUCAACAUUAAUGGCAUUUAUUUCUCUUGCAUGUUGUGGUAUUCCAUUUUUGUUCUACAUCUAUGGUGCAAGAAUUAGAACCUAUUCUAAAUACGCCUACUCUCCAGAAUUGGAUGUUAAGAAGGACGUUGAAAACCAAAAAUAA